AUGGCACGGGGUGUACUCCUUACCUCCAAUCUUCCACAAUUACAAAACCUCAUCAAGAGGGACCCAACAGGCUACAAAGAGGAGUUUCUUCAACAAUGGAACCAUUAUAACAGCGUCCGCCAAAUUUUCCAGAUCAAUCCUGACGAGCAGGCGACCCAUUUCCGAGAGCUUGUCUCGUUCAUCGCUCAGGUCUCGCAAUGCUAUCCAAAGGAGACGGCGGAUUUUCCGUCGCAUCUUUCGACGCUCUUGCUAGAGCACUAUGGAGCAUUGUCUCCGGAUACGAGGCACAAUCUUGUACAGAACUUGGUGAUGCUAAGGAAUAAGAAUGUCAUCACAUCUAUUGACCUCCUGAAAACGCUCUUCCCCCUCCUUCCUCGCACCACCUCUUCCACACUCCGAUCCUUCAUUCGCAAGACUAUUCUCGCAGAUAUCAAGACGGCAAACCAAAAGUCGAAGAAUCAUAAGCUGAACCGCGCAGUGCAGGCUAUGCUCUUCGGGAUGGUUGAAAGAGGUAUGGAUGGAGAGGUAGUCGGUGACAAGGGAAAGGCGAGGGCCCAGCCGACUACGAAUGCUGAGGGACUGGUUCAAAACGGUCAAGAUGCUAUGUGGGCGGUCGUGCUUACGAAGGAGCUGUGGAAAAAGGGGAUCUGGGAUGAUGCCAAGCCAGUGGCGAUCGUUGCGCUUGGAUGUUUUCACCCAGCCAUAAAAGUGCAGAGCGCAUCAUUGCAUUUCUUCCUCGGCAGCGACGACGACGACGAAGAUGAUGAUGAGGACGACGGCGGUGGCGAUAGGGCUAAUAUCAAAGACCUUGAGCAUAAGCGCGAAGUAGGCAAAAAAACGAAGGCCGGUGAUAAUAAACUUCGCAAGGCCGCCAAAGCCGCCAAGAAAAACCGCACAAAAAGAGCCAAUACUACCGCGACUCCUAAUUUCCCCGCCCUUCAACUCCUUCAUGACCCUCAAACCUUCGCUGAAAAGCUGUACGACAUCCUGAAUCGCUAUGACAAGCGCUUCUCACUCGAACACAAAAUCCUCCUCAUGCAACUCCUUUCCCGCGUCAUGUCCUCCCACAAACUGACCGUGCUUGGCUUCUACACCUACAUCAUCAAAUACCUCACCUACCACCAACUUCGUGUCCCGGCCAUUCUCGUCUCGCUCGCUCAAUCCGUGCACGACUUUACGCCGCCGGACGUGUUGACGCCUGUGGUGCGGAAGUUGGCGAGUGAGUUUAUACAUCCGGGUGUGGGGAGCGAGGUGGUGGCAGCGGGCUUGAACUCGAUUAGGGAGGUUUGUAGGAGGCAGCCGUGGGCGAUGGAGGAGGAUCUGUUGGGAGAUUUGAUCGAGUAUAGGAAGAGUAGAGAUAAGGCUGUUACGGCGGGUGCGAGAGGUUUGUUGCAGUUGUAUCGGGAGGUCAAUCCGGGUAUGCUUAAGCGUAGAGAGCGGGGUAAAACUGCCGCGAUGGGUUUGGCGCAGGGUAGCCAGCCUUUGGCAUUUGGCCACAGUGAACAGGCUGCAGUGGAUGUCGAAGGCCUUGUGCUGCUCGAAGAUCAUCUGAAACAGCUCAGGGCUGAAGAAGGCAUAGAGUCUGGAGAUGAUGAAGAGGACGACGAGGCUGCCUGGGAAGGCUGGGACGUCGAGUCCGAUUCGUCUGACUCGUCGUCUGAGUCUGGCGAUUGGAUCAACGUUCCGAGUGACGGAGAGGACCAUCUCAGUCUGAGUGAUAGCGAAGACGAGGACGGUAAAAAGAAGAAGAAGAACUCGAAGGGCAAAGCGAAUGCCGGCGAUGAUGACGAUGACGAUGAGGUUCCCGUGGUUGCUGCGCCAGAGCCUGACAGGAUAUCGUCAUUGGCCACUACGAAGAUCCUCACGCCAGCAGAUUUCGCUCUGCUCAAUGACCUCCGACUAAAAGCGGCCGAAAAAGCAGUAGAAGCCGGCGGUGGCUCUUCCGCCAAACGCAAACUCGCCUCCCUCGAAGCCAGCAAAAAGAUCCUGAACGCCCAAGACGGCUCCUCGAACGCUUUCAUUUCCGAGAACGAUAUCCUUGGGCCUCGUAAGAAAGCGAAGCAGGACUACGAGGAGCGGAUGGCGUCGAUCGAGAAGGGGAGGGAAGGGAGAGAGAAGUAUGGGUCGCUGAAGGGGAAGAAGAACAAGGCGCAGCCGAGCAGUACGACGAAUAGGGAGAAGAAGAGGAAUAAGCCGAUUAUGAUGAUUAUGGGGAGUAAGCAGGUGACGGGGAAGAAGAAAGCGUCGUUGAGGGAUAAGCAAAGGAAGUUGAGGGCACAUAUUGAUAAAGCGAAGAAGUCGCAUCAUUAGGAGUGUGCUUUGUCGUUUGCUUGUUUUUGUUGUUGUUUGUAUUCUCACUCUCC